AGUACAGUUAAUUUUUAUUCACAGGAAAAAACCCAGCUGCUGUUGGAAAAGAAAACAUCAAAAUAUGCCAGCCCCGAAGAGAGGACCAGCUCCUCAUGAUUCUCAGCCCAAGAUGAGGAAGUUGAAUGUGGAUGGGGAGGCUUUGCCAUCCAAAACUGCUGCAGCUACUACCAUUGAUAAGCCACUUAAAACAGGAACUAAGCAAGAAAAGACAACAGCCCCUCGGACUAAGAAAAAACGGUCAGCUUUAACAGAACAUGGAAAUACACCAGCCAAGUCAUCCAAACCGAGUUCCCCUUCAAAGGAUUCCAGCAAAACCAUUUCUGAUCCACCUGUCAAAAAAGCCAAGCUCCUGAAUGCCACAAGUGCCUCCUGCGGAGAAGCUCCCUCACAAACAGCUGACUUCAAAGGUUCCCUGAAGCGAACAGCCUCCACAGAAUCUGACAGUGAGUUGAGUAAUGAUGGAAGUAAGACUGACCUCUUUAGAGAGAGGGAUGAGGGUGACAAGGCACGGUGCAUUAGAAAAUAUUCAAACAAAGUUAAAGCUAAGCGCAAGGCUGAAGAGUUGUCAUCUGGCCCAAAGGAGGCAAGUCAAGGGUUAUCAUCCACACCGCCAGAUCUUAUACAGAUGGACCACAAUUAUGGUAGAUUCUCAGAUUCACCGGGUGUUUCUGGCAUGUUUGAGGCUAAUCUGAAUGAGAAAAAAGAAUCUACUGAAUCUGUUUCUGAAGCAGAAAGUGAAGAAAACUCUGUGAUUGGAACACAAGCACAGUCAAGGGAAACUUUAGACUCUGCAACAGGGAGUGCAAAGGCUGGCAUCAACUUUGAGUGUGUAGCUGAAGAAAGCCAACAUGAGGAAACUAAAAAUUUAGAAAGCCAAAAUCUUAUAGAUAAUGAAACACUAGCACCAUCUAGAGAAAUAUUAGACUCUGUCUCUGCAAUGGCUGCAGAUGUGCCGUGCAUCACUUCUAAGGAAAAUGAGCAGAUUAACAUUGCACAGUCCACCAAAAGCCACAAGGAUCUAGAUAAUAAAACACUAGCAAUGUCAGUGGAAACACUACAUUCUGCUACUGGAGAGGUGAAACCAAGAUGUGACCAUGAAGAUGAAAAAACUGGCUCAGUGUGCAGACCAGAAAAUCAGACAGAUAUGAGCAAUGAAACUGAAAGAAAAGAGACUACAGAGUUUGUUUCUGAAAGGAUGAAACUGAAUAUAAAAUGUAAAACUAAGGAGCGUGAACAUGAAAUAAAGGGAGUGAUUGAAGCAACCAGUGUCUCAGUGGAGCAAAAAGAUGCAGGUAUAGAUGAUAAAGGACUGUCAAAUGAAACAAACUCUGCACCAGAAGAGAUCCUGGUAAGAAGUAAUAGUCCUGAGAGUGAAACAGACCUCAGUGUGAAAAUUAAAGUUACUUACAAGGAGGAAUCCAGAUCUGUCCACAUGCAGGAUCAAGUAGCAGAUACAGUUGUCAGCUCCCAUGAUGGUAUGAACAAAGUAGUUAUAAAGUCUGAAGAAAAGUUUGGAGAAAGUGAAAGAAAAGAGUUCUUGACCACUCAGUGUGCUUCGGGCCCAGGAUCUUUUGUUGAGGUGCAACUUAUUCAUGGCACUCAGGCAACUGAAAUAUUGACACCUGAUUGUGAGACUCUUCAUGAUCAAAAACAAAAAGGGAUGCUCUCUGAAUGUGUCGUAGUUCCUGGUGUGACAGACAUGGACAUGCAGAGUGAAGUGCGAUCAGUGGGCAUGUCUGACUCAGCACCUAGUGAGGAUAUACAAAACCAGGGGAACCACACAUUUUAUGACCAAACUACAGAAACACCAGUAGAAGUUAACAAAGAUGUGAUAGCUGAAAAUUCUACAAGUGUGGAGAAAGAAAAGGAAAUGAAUGUUGUGUGUGCCACUGCUGCAAACAGUGAGCUCAAAAUGGAUAUACAGGAUUCAACAACAUCAGAGCAGGAGAUUUGUAAUCUGUCCUCUACAUUGGAAAUACAGAACCAGAAAAGCCAAGAGGUUUGUGGACCUACUGCAGAAAUAUCUACUCAAAUUAAUAAGCAUCAUAUGGUUGCAAAUUCAAAAAUUAUGGAAAUGCAGACGACUGCAUUGACAUCAGAGAUUUCUCAUCCAACUCCUAAUGUGGAAAUACAAAAUCAGAAAGAGGAAAUGAGCAAAGAAUUGCCUCUAGAGGUUCAUGGAGAUUUGAUUUUAAACUCUGAAAUAUUGGAAAAUGAAGAUAACAAGUACUCUGAAUGUGCUAGUGGACCUGAGAGUAGUAACGAGGUGGAAAUGGAAACUAUAAUAACACCAGAGAUUUCUAAUCCAGCAGCUACAUUGGAGGUGAAGAGGCAGGAGAGCCCAGAAGAGAGUGAACUCACCAGAGACCUAUCUGAUAAAGGGCAUACACAUCCAUCUACACAUUGUCCGAGCACUGAAGGUGAAGUCGGAGCUGAUGAUGAAAAUGUUGCUGCCCCUGAGAAUCAAAUAGAAGUGGAUAUGCAGACCACAACAAUAUCAGAGGAAGUGUAUAACCUAGCACAGACAGUGGACAUCCAAAACCAGACAAGCCAGGAAGUCAGUGAACCUAUUGGAGACAUUUCUAAUGAAUUUCAUGAAGAUCGUAAAGUCGAAGAUUCGGAAUCUUUAGAAAAUAAAAAAAAGGUGAACUUUGAACAUGUGGCUGCAACAGAGAGUCAAACUGAAAUGGAAAUGCAGACUACAUCAACAUCAGAGAUUUCAGACCCAGUCUCUUCAGUGGAAAUGGAGAAAAGUCAAGUAGAAGUGGAAUUGCAGACUACAAAAACAUUAGAUGAGAUUUCUAACACAUCACCCAAGGCAGAAAUGGAAAGUCAGAAAAGCCAGGAAGUGAUGGGGCACACAUCAGAGAAUUCUGCAAAGGUUCGCCAAGAGCUAGCGAUAGAAAAUUCUGAAAACACAGAAAAUAAAGACGAGGUUAGCUUCAAAUUUAUGUCUUUACCAGAGAGUCAAACUGAAAUGGAAAUGCAGACGACAUCAACAUCAGAGAUUUUUAAUCCAGAAUUUUCAAUGGCAAUACAAAAUCAGAAAAAUCUAAGUGAAGGAGAUAUGGAGAUGGCAGCAUCAGAGGAAUUUUGUAACAUUGCACUUACAACUGAAAUACAGGGUGAGAAGAGCCAGGGUGUCCAUGACUAUAGUGUAGACAUAUCUACAGAAUCUGUCACUUUACCAGAGAAUCAAAUCAGAAUGGAAUUGUGGGUUAAAUCCACAUCAGAGAUUGCAGUUCCACCACCUGUAGCAGACACACAAAGCCAAGCCCCUGAACCUACAAUAGAUGCAUCAGAAAAAGCUCAAGAAGGUGCAAGGAUUCCCGCAAAUGAGUGUAACAACAGGGAAAAUGAGGUUAUCACAGAAAGUGGUGAUGCUACUGAGAGUCUAAUAGAAAUUGUAAUGCAGACAACACCACCACCAGAGGAUAUUUCUGAUCUAACAGCAGCAGAAACACAAAACCAGAGAGUACAUGAGGUCACUACUGACAGUGAACCUCUAAAGGAUGGAAGCAUUGCUUAUACUGAGAAUAAGGAAAACCAGAAAGAGGUUGUGACUGAAUGUUUUAGUGCUACUGAAAAUCAAACAAGAAUGGAUGCAGAAACAGCAACACCAGAGGAGCUUUCUGAUCCAGGAUCUAUAGUGGAAUUGCAGAACCAGCACGGCCAGGAGGAGAAUAAACUCAAUACAGACAAUCACAUUCAAAAAGAUCAAGUAACUGCAACUUGUUGGAAUAAGGAAAUUGAAGAUGAGGCUUCUGCUCACUCACUUAAUUUUCCAGAGAUUCAAGCACAUCUGCAAACUACUGUUGUUUCUGAAGAGAUUUCUAUUCCAGCACCAGCAGCAGAAGAGCAAUACCACGGGAUGGAGGAAGUCACUGAACCCACUGCAGCUUUAUCAAAUGCAAUUCAGAAAACUUCUCCUAUAACUAUUUUGGAAAUUAAAGCAAAUGAAACCAUGCCUCAGACAGACUGUAGUGCUGAAGAUAUUCAAGGGAACAUGGAUGUAAUAAGUGAGGCAAUAGAAACUGUAGAAUCUAUGUUAGAAGAGGAAUCAGGGAAGCAAAUGAUAAAUGAGGCCAAAGAAGAGACUACAGUCAAUUCUAGUGAUGAGGCUGACAAAACAGUCAGUAAUACUGAAAGACAAGGAGAAGAACCUGGAAACAAUAAAGUUGUGGUUUAUGUUUGUGGCCAGCCAGGUGACAAUGAUAUUGUAAUUCAGGCAUCAGAAGAGCAGAUUAAGACAGUUAAUCAGUCGGAGGUUCAGCUUUACGAAAACCAGAUAGUGUAUGAGCCCAUAAGUAGUCCAGAAAGUUCUGACGAUAGGGAGGUCUCUGCAGCAUCACAGAAGCAUGAUGGUGUUUCUGUACUGCACAUACAGAACACAGAGAUCCAUCAGGUGAGAGAAGAUUCUUGUGCUAAAGAAGAAAACAAAGAAAUCGAUGACCCACAACUGGAAAAUGCGGAAUACGUUAAAGAAGAAAUGUGCGUCUCAGACAGCCAAGCAUCAUUGGAAAUGGAAGUACAAACCAUUAAUGUGCCAGAGAGUUCUCUCACUCCGCACUUGGAGCAGAGUAAUGUGUACGUGGACGUGAAACAAGUUGCUAUGAUCAGCUCUAGCGAUAUCAACAUGCCAGAUGGCUCAUUGGGAGAUGCAGCAGAAAAAAGUGAAAGGAAUGGUUUUUCAGAGUGCACCAGUGCCACAGAGUUUAUUGAACAGGUGCAAAAGGAUGCUGGACUUGAGGUGGUUGCAGAUGUCUCAGUGACAACUACUACAGCCACCAAUGAAGCUGAGAUACGAGAUAGUACAUCUGAGUAUGUGAUCUUAGAGCCAGUGCCAGAGAGUGAAAUUCCCUUUGAUAUUGUCACCCAAGCAGUGGCUGAAUCAGGUUUGGCUGCCUCGCUCUCAGAGGAGGUGAAUCCAGACAGAGCAUUAGUAGGUGAAGUGGAAAAUCAGAGGCUUUUAAGUGGUGCCCAACAAACCAUCUUUCCUGAGGCAGAACUACCUGAGGUUAAAGAUGCUACAAUGACUACUUCAGGUGAGGAAGAGGAGACCACAGUUAGGAUGGAACUAUCAACUGGGGAAGGUUCAGAAGGUUCAGAUUUUGACCAUUGCCAGCAACUGUUGUCUAGCACAAUGGACAGUAAUACCACAGAAAUGGAUGUGGAAAACUGUGACUCUCAAGUCACAGAUGAAGACUAUAAUGUUGUGAUUGUCAGGGAUGCUGAGGCGAACCUAAACCUACAAGAAGUGCAGAUUCUGGAGGAUAUAGAGAUUGGUCGGGAGAUUGUGGUAGCAGAGGAAGAGAAUGAAGAAGACAGUAACAGUAGAGUAACAGAAGAAUCCCAGGAAACACCGGUGGCAGCCCCUCCUAAAGACCCUGAAAAAAAGGUAAAUGAGAAAAAUAAAACUGACACUAGUAGAGGCAGCGUGAAGCAGAACAGAGCUUCUGGUGAGAAGACUGAAGGUGAUACAAAGGGACAGGAGACAGAAAAACCCAAAAAACAAGAAAUGAAUACCCAAGCCAGGACCAAAGCUCGCAUGGCAGCUCUGGCCGAGCAAAAGGCUGCAGCAGCUAAGAGAACAGCAAACCGACAGCAGCUGAACCUCUUAGCUCUGUGUCAGGAAAUCGCAGAUGACAUUGCGACAGACAGCAUGCUGUUGAAGAGGAUAGAGGAAGAAAAACAAGCAGCGGCAGCAGCGGUAGCCAAGCGUGGAGACAGCAAGAAGGAAAGUCCACCUGUAAGCACACCUGAUGCUGAUACUGUUAAUGUCCCAACUGCUGCUGGGCCAGAAGAGUGCGCUGCUUUUGUGACCCCUGCUGAGGAGGCACCUGCAGCCCAGCCCUCAGCAGCUGUUUCAGAUGAGCCCGGGCCUGCUGUUGAGCCUCCAAAGAGACGUUUCUUCAUCACACAAAUUUCAGUACCACUGAAAGCCCAUGAGAAAAAGAAGUUAACUAGGUAUCAAAGACUAAGACAGGUCGAACUGCAAAGAGAGAAAAUGUCUUGGGCACGUGUAAAGAAACUGAAAUCUGACCAAGUAAAUCAGAUGUUUUCAGACAUUGACUGGCAGACACCUUUUUUGUCUCCAACUUCUUCAUUUUCAGUUAGUCCUGUGACCACAAAUCCACCAUCUGCAGUCAGUCCACCAAAAACAUCUUCCCCUAGUCCUGCUGCAUCUAGCAAACUUGCUGCAACCAAGGCAGAAGCUCCCAAGGCUGAGACUCCUAAGACUGAACCCGUGACAACAGAAAUCUCCAAACCUGAAUCCACUCAAACAGAAACCUUGAAAUCUGAACCUUCUGAAACUGAAAUUAUUAAAUCUGGAACCUCUAAAAUUGAACCUAAUAAAUCUGAAUCCCCCAAAACUGAAGCCUCUAAAACCGAAACUCCUAUUACUGAAACCCGUAGAAUUACAAGGCAAAGUAAGGCUCAGAGUCUUAAAGGAGCAACUACUCCAACCACCCCAAAAGUGACCAGAUCAGCAUCAAAGAGGACCCUCCCUGCAGUACCACCUCCCAUGCCCAACGGCUUUAAUGCUCAAAAACCGAAGCCUGAUGUCGAGUACAAGCCAUACAGACCCCGGCCUAAGUAUUCCCCGGAUGACUUUGAAUUGGAUGAUGACCCAUUACCAGUAGUUCCUACAAAGCCCAGUCCUCAGUCAAGGCCUGUACAGCUGACAAAGCCAAACCUUCAGUCACUGACCACAGCUCAGUCUAAUCCUACACUGUCACCACAACUUGCCAACCAGGCAAAACUGAGACCUCAGGCCACACCAGCUGGACAGAUCUCAGGUCAGUCAAAGCCCGUCUCUUGCACCAGUACACAAUCAAAACCUACUGUUGCAGCAACACCCCAGUCAAAGGCCACAGCUACAGGCGCAGUUUCAUCAACAGCUGCUUCUUCAGCUAAAGAUCAAUUCAAAUCUCCUGUGUUGUUGGCACCUCUGUCAAAAGCUGUUGCAGCUUCCACUUCACCUCAGUUAAAGCCCGCUGAUGAGAGUACAGCUCAGUUGAAGCAGUCUGCUCCAACAACAUCUGCUGUUUCAACCACAUCUGAAACCCAGCCUGCUGCUCCUGAAGCUGCUUCAGUGACUCAGAAAACCCCAAAUCUCCCAUCAUCCGAAAAUGACAAAUGCAAGGAUACAGUACUUUCAUCAACUCCCACCUCUUCCCUUCCCUCUGAAGAGAAAGUGUCUGGUGCCGUGCAGCAGUGUGAUGAAACACCUGCAGUCCCCAAUGCUGAGACGUCUCCAGAGAAUAAGACAGAAACACCCAAAACACCUGAGAUUUCAGAAAAGCCUUGUCAAGAUGGAGCAGUGAAGCCACAAGAGGGUGGGACUCCUCUAUCUGAUGCUGCUCUGCAAAGAGAAGUCAAGAAACUGAAGGAGGCUGACAGAGAUGGCACCCAAACCAUCAUUGAUGUCGGGCAGAAGCAUUUUGGAGCAGUGGCCUGCAGUGUGUGUGGGAUGCUUUACUCUGCUGCCAACCCUGAGGAUGAAUCUCAGCACUUACUCUUCCACAAUCAGUUCGUCAGUGCUGUCAAAUAUGUGGGAUGGAAAAAAGAGAGGAUUCUGGGAGAGUUUCCUGAUGGCAAGAUCAUCCUUGUCCUGCCAGAUGAUCCCAAAUAUGCUUUGAAGAAGGUGGAGGAGAUCAGGGAGAUGGUGGACUAUGACCUCGGCUUCCAGCAGGUGGAGACCAAGUGUCCCUCUCAGACCAAAACCUUCCUCUUCAUCUCCAAUGACAAGAAAGUGGCUGGAUGCCUUAUAGCAGAGCACAUACAAGAGGGAUACCGUGUGAUUGAGGAGCCCGUACCGGAGGGUUCAGAAGGUGAGAAGGUGAUGUUUGAGCGUCAGAGAGCUUGGUGCUGCUCCACCACGCCAGAACCAGCCAUCUGUGGUAUCAGCCGCAUCUGGGUUGUCAGCAUGAUGAGACGCCAGGGCAUCGCCUCACGCAUGCUUGAGUGCCUCAGAAACAACUUCAUAUAUGGUUCGUACCUGAGCAAAGAUGAGAUUGCGUUCUCCGACCCCACUCCUGAUGGAAAACUCUUUGCCGCACAUUAUUUUGGCACGUCUCAGUUUUUGGUUUAUAACUUUGUGAGUGGAACACACUCAUCCCAAACCAAAAAUGACACAGUAUGACGGCCUUCAGGAGAGGUGAUAGUAGAUUUAA